AUGGAAGACUUCAACUUCGGACUGUUUGACGAUCUUCUGAAGGGGGAACCUCAUCCUUUGGAAAUCGAGGAGUUCGAAGAUGAGCAGGACUACAAGCGCAAGCUGAAGGAGAAGAAGCUGAACAUUUAUGAGCCAACGUGUGGAGAGGCGAGACUGCAUCGUGCCAUCCGAAGUGGAAAGCAGAUCGAGAUCAAUGCACUGCUGGAAUUGUAUCAAGAGGAUUACGACAAAGUGCGGGAUCAUUUAGUGUUGAAGUAUCAGUGGGAUGUUGAGGACAAGAUUUGGCUGAGGAAGACUAUUUUGGUGGCGAGCACUGAGGAGCAAUGUCAGAGUGCGAAGAACUUGGAGAAUCGACAGGUUGGUGUUGAAGAUUUGCGAAGAGCAGUUACCAUUGGCGCCCAGGAAACGUUCAUGCAGGUCGCUGCUUCUAAAGGAUCGAAACGCGUCAUCGAUCGACUGUACGAGCUUGGCGCCCCAAUUGCAAUUCCCGAACACAACCCGCUGAUCCAAGCAAUCCGCAAUUAUAGAAAAGAAAUGAACGUUGCAUCCAUGUUUGAACUUGUUCUCGAGAAGAUGAUCGACUAUCGUCGAAAAUACUACAAUGAAACCGAAGUGGAAGCGUUUCACGAAAUAUUUCGUUUGGAAAAUGAGGAAUACGAAUACACUACAAUUUUUGAAUACUUGGGAAAGCCUGGACAGAUGUGUGAAAUGGUGGAGAGAGCAAUUCAAAAGUACAACCUUAAACUUUCGCAUCGGUGGAAAAACUACGUCGUUUUGGGACGUAUGAUAGAGCGUAAGAUAGCACUAAAGUAUUGCUUCGAGGGCAUUCGGAAAGAUCCCCAGCUGUUGGGAUUGACUGAAUACGAUACCAUUACAAUUCUACACCAACUCGUAGCGGAGGGACAUCUUGAGUUUGUUCGUGAAAUGUACACCAAACAUCCCGAUGUGAUACCCUAUUUCAACACUGAACAAGCGUUUGAAGUGAUGCGAAAAGCUAUCAACGAUGAGAGUCGCGAAACGGUACAGUUUGUGCUUGAGCAACAUGGGGAGUAUUUGAAAUGUGACUUGGAUAAGUUGCGGGAUCAUGUCGUUUGCUGCCAGUAUUACACGAAUGAAUUUUAUGAGCGGCGACGUGCCAUACUCGUGGAGUUCUUCCCGGAGUAUCGAGAGAAUGUUCUGUCGUCAGUGGAGAAAGUAAGUUCAUGUGUUUGUUACGACAGUAUUACUGAUUUUGACAAGCUGCCCAAGCCGUAUUCAACAAUCAGAGGAUCAAACGGAGAGACCCUUCUCCAUUUGGCUGCAGAAAGAGACGACAAGGAACUGUUCGUUCGGAUGCUGGAAGGAGGUUGCGAGCUCGACGCGCUGGACAACGACGGAAACCACGCAGUUCAUCUGGUGAAAAGCGAAGAAAUGCUGGACUGGAUCGUUGAUCGACACCCGGAAGGUCGCAACCUUAUCCAUCGUACAAAUAAUGAUGGCUGUACGGUUUUGCACAAAGUUUGCCAGCAAUACAUGAAUGUUUGGGCACAUGUAGCAUUGCUGGAAAAGGUGAUCGCCUGCGGUGCGGACGUUAAUCAGCUGAACAAUCACGGCGAGUCAGCCGUCUUUUUCGUCAGAAACAGCCACCUGCUGGAUGUCCUUCGCAAGCAUGGAGCUCAGUUGGAUCUUGCCAAUCAAGCUGGAGAAACUGCCCUGGAACGACAUCUAGUCAACUACAACGUCUGUGUGGCAAACUCAUUACUUACCCACCUUCAUGACCGACCCUGUUUCAAGCAGCAUGCCCACAAGUAUCUCGCUCCAAUGAUGCGUUACAGCAGGGACUUUUUCAGCUUUGAUUACCAAAAAUUUCUCGAAGCUCACCCCGAAUCAGCCAGAGUCAUGUUCGAUUCCGUGUGCGGUCAUUCACGCGAGGAAGCUUCUCGACUACUUGCGAAAGCUUGCAACUGUGCCUUUAUCUACAUAUCGGAAAUGUUCCUGAGCGGCAACUACGACCUGGAUUACAACUACAAGUUUGAGUACAAUAACACGCCCUUGAUCGGUCUGCUCAACUACAUGGAACUACCAAAUUUGCACAUUGUGAAGCAGCUGCUGGAAAAGAAGGGUGUUGAUGUGCAGGUGAGAAAUGAGUGCGGUUGGGAUGCAUUGCUUACGCUGGUCAGAGGAUUUCGGUCUGCCCGGUGCCAUGGACACGGGCUUGAAACGGUGCAGUUGCUGCUGGACCAUGGAGCGUCGAUUCAUACUACAGGCGAUGACGGCAAUACGGCGUUGCAUUUGGCAUUUGCAGAUGGCGAAAUGGAACUGGUUGAGCUGUUGGUCCGGAAUGGUUCCGACUUGGGUGCUGUUAAUAACCAUGGAAAGCGGCCUUUUGAAAGAGCAUCUAUGUUGGAUCAGGAACUGUUUUAUUUUUACAGUUGA